UUAACAAAACAAAAACAAUGGCCGGCCCUCUUCAUUUUCUCUUUCUUUUAUUCUCCUCUUCUUCUUCUUCUUUUGAUUCUCUCUCUCUCUCUCUCUUACACAACGAGAUUCAUCUCAUUAUUCAUGUCUUCUUAUUCAACGAUUUUUGAGUUUCUCGAUUCAUAAUCAUCUCAGAUUCAUCACUUGCGAGGUCUUCUUCUUUUCAGAUCUCUGCUUCAAAUCAUCGCUGUUAUAUAUCAUCUCUUCUUUUGAUUUAUAAGCCAAUUCAACUAUUACAAGAGAAUUUGGCCUUUGUCAUGACUGAUGGUGACAUCAAACGUCGGAUUUUGAUGUAAUAUGGCAUUUGUCCUUAUACGUAUUGAAAAUGUCGCUUUACAUUGGUCGCGAGGCUUCUAAGCUAUGGAAGAGAGUUUGUGCAGAAAUCACUACAGAGAUCAGCCUUCUGCAGGAGAACUGGAAGUAUCUUCUUGCAGGAAUCUUGUGUCAGUACAUUCAUGGGGUUGCUGCUAGAGGAGUCCAUUAUUUACAUCGACCAGGGCCAAUUCUUCAGGAUGUUGGCUUUUAUCUUCUUCCGGAACUUGGACAGGAUAAAGCUUAUAUAAGUGAGGCUGUAUUCAAUUCUGUCUUCAUAUCCUUUUUCCUGUGGACUUUUCAUCCUUUUAUCUUCAAGAGCAAGAAGAUCUAUACAGUUCUCAUAUGGUGCAGAGUUCUUGCUUUUCUGGUGUUUUCUCAAAUGCUUCGGAUAUUUACAUUCUAUUCUACCCAGCUCCCUGGGCCUAAUUAUCAUUGCCAUGUGGGUUCAAAGCUUGCAACACUGCCUCCUCCAAAGAACGCUUUAGAAGUUUUGGUGUUAAUUCCUAGUGGAAUAUUAUACGGUUGUGGUGAUUUGAUAUUUUCAUCCCAUAUGAUCUUCUCGCUUGUAUUUGUGCGCACAUAUCAGAAAUACGGGACGAGAAGGUUCAUUAAGCAAUGUGCUUGGUUAACAGUUGUGAUUCAAAGUUUGUUAAUCGUGGCAUCCCGAAAACAUUAUACAGUUGAUGUUGUCGUGGCAUGGUAUACUGUUAAUUUGGUAGUUUUCUUUCUAGACAAUAAACUGCCAGAACUGCCUGACCGAACCGGAGCUGCAGCAUUCUUGCUGCCUGUUAGCAAAGAUAACAACAAGACUAAAGAAGAGAGUCACAAGCUUAUUAAUGGGAACUCUGGCGAACCAUUGGAUAAUAGGAGAUCGAGAAAUCCAAUGAAUGGUAAGAAUGGCGAAGAUGGAAACACAGGUGGGCAUGGCGAUACAGAGGGAUGAAUGGCGGACAAUUCUUUUCAAAUAAAGCUAAUACGUAAUGGCGUGGAGGAGGGUUUGGUCUAUCUAAUUGUGUUCGUCUUCUUGUUUUUCUUCAUAAGGUUUAGUAUUAGUAUUAGUAGCAGUAGUAGGUUAAUGUAUGUUGUUGGAUUUGGUUUUAUGUUUUUAAUGGUUUUAAUUCAUUGUUUCCUUCUCCUCCCAAGCUUACGAAAUGAAAAGAAUGUUUGUCCUAUUCUU